ACAAAAACCACGUUGCGCGUUUUGCGGCAGGGUCCUUCUUCGUUUGUUCACCCUUUAAUUGUCUUUAAACCCCGUUACCCGGGCAAUCCUUGACUCACGUGACACUAGCGAUGGGCAGGGAAGACAGAACUACGUGGAAGGCGAACUACUUCACCAAACUCAUCGAGCUGCUGGACACCUAUCAGAAGGUGUUUCUGGUCACCGUUGACAACGUGUCCUCCAAGCAGAUGCAGCAGAUACGGAUCAAACUCCGUGGGCGAGCCACUCUCCUCAUGGGCAAGAACACAACCAUCCGCAAGGCGAUUCGUGGUCAUUUGGAGCAGAAUCCGCAACUGGAGAAACUGCUCCCGUGCAUCAAAGGCAAUGUUGGAUUCGUGUUCACGAAUGGCGAUCUAGGAGAAAUCAGGGAUCUGAUUGGUGAAAAUCGAGUCCAAGCCCCGGCCAAAGCCGGUGCCAUCGCUCCUAUAAACGUUCACGUAGUGGCAGGCAACACAGGUCUCGGUCCAGAAAAGACGUCUUUCUUUCAGGCCCUGCACAUUGCCACCAAAAUCACACGUGGAACCAUUGAAAUCCUGAACAAUGUUCACCUGAUUCACAUAGGAGAGAAAGUUGGAGCCUCUGAGGCUACGCUUCUGAGCAUGCUCAAGAUAUACCCCUUUUCCUACGGUCUGGAGAUCUCCCAAGUGUAUGAAGAUGGUGCGGUGUUCUCACCCAACGUCCUCGACAUAAAGACGGAGUACCUUCUCGAGAGGUUCAUGGAGGGAAUCGGGAGAGUGGCCGCCCUCUCUCUCCAGAUCGGCUACCCAACUGUCGCCUCCGUGCCACAUUCCAUCGUCAACGGCUUCAAGAGGCUACUGGCCGUCGCCGUGGCAACCGACAUCACCUUCCCCGAAGCCGAACAGGCUAAAGCGUUUGUGGCAGAUCCGAGUGCCUUUGUACCAGUGGUCACCCAGACAGAGGCGGCAGCAGACGCGGGGGGUGGGGGAGGAGGAGGGGAGGAGGCAAAGGAAGAGAAGAAAGAGGAGGAAGAGGAAGAAUCCGAUGAUGAUAUGGGCUUUGGUCUAUUCGACUGAUGAUAGCGAAAUAUCAGUGUGAUUUGCCCUGUGUAUAGUAGUGGUAUGCAAUCUGAUUAGGCUCAAAGAAAAGUCUCGUUUCUCAAGAUUUACGAGCGCUGCAACUUCGGGUGAGAGCCGGAUCCCCAAUUUUACCAGCGACACUGAGCAAAACACGAAAUCACACUGCAUUUCUCAAAGAAAAUGGCUAUUAUAUUAACUAUAAUACCGAAUCUAUUAGCUACUGUCCAUUGGUUCCACUCCACUCUUGCUGGUCGACGACGCAGCUGCCGGCAGAAUGGAGGAGGAGUCUGCCUGAAUUGACUCAAACAGUUGAGCCGUGUCCGCAUUGGCUUUGAUCUGUGCCACAAACUCCGUCAGUUGGGGACUUUUGUCUGCAAGAGAAUAAGAGGAAGGUCAGGGAAAGGAAACAGUGGGUAGAUAGGUCAGAGCUACGUGAACUUUGUCGUAUAUUAUAGUAGCAAUUAUUACUGGCAAUAUCUUGAAACGUUUCGGUCUGUAGACCUUCCUCAGUCAACUUCAUGAUGGUGCGAUAAAUAGUGUUGCAGGUCCACCAAAUUUCGUU